ACGUGUGGAAACAACUGUUCCUCUUCAUCAAGGGAAGCAGCUUCUCAAGAGGCAGAGUGAGUUAGUAAGCAAUGAAAAAUAUACCCUUCGCAGGUGUUACAGUCGAGUGAAAGAACAUGGUGUUGGGAAAAGGAAAAGCAGUUACACAUUUGAACAAUUGGAACAGGUGUUUGGUCAGGGAGGAUGGGACUCUCAGCCCUGCCAGCCCGUACUCAUUAACAGCAGUGGCUUGUACCAGGAGCUGGAAUCUGAUGGCAGCACUAUGGAGGAAUAUUCACAGGAGGAUUGGGGAAACCACAGUCAGGAUCUUCAUUGCUACCAAACAGGAGAACAGGAGUUGGACGAAAUGCCUGCCACAAAAAGAACAUUAAAGAUAAAGCAGGAAUCUUCAGAAGAUGCACAAAAACGUGAUGUCAUGCAGAAUAUUAUGCAAAUAUUGGAAUCGGUCCAGUUAAAAUGGGAGCUGUUUCAGAGCUGGACAGACUUCUCCAGGCUCCACCUUUCUAACAAACUGGCCAUUUUUGGCAUUGGUUAUAACACACGCUGGAAGGAGGAUAUUCGUUACCACUAUGCCGAGAUCAGUUCACAGGUGCCUCUCGGCAAACGGCUUCGGGAAUAUUUCAAUUCAGAGAAGCCAGAGGGCAGGGUCAUUAUGACCAGAGUACAGAAAAUGAACUGGAAAAAUGUUUACUAUAAAUUCCUAGAGAUUACAAUUAGUGAAGCAAGAUGCCUGGAGCUGCACAUGGAGAUUGACUGGAUACCUAUAGCUCACUCCAAGCCAACUGGAGGAAACGUUGUUCAGUAUUUAUUACCAGGGGGGAUUCCCAAAAGCCCUGGUUUGUAUGCUAUUGGUUAUGAAGAGUGCCAUGAUAAACCCCAGUCACCUGUUGCAGACCGCAGAGGCCAAGAUCCUGGCAAAGAGACUCAUGGGGAGACAGAUGUCCCUUCACCACAGGCCUCUCUCAGGGUGGAUAUGGAGUCCACCAGAAUUAUCUAUUGUUACCUUGGCAUUGCUGAGGUAAGAACUCUCCAGCAGUGCUUGUUUUUACAUUUUCAGGCAAACACCAAAACCUUCAGUAAAGAGUGGGUUGGGAUCAAUGGAUUUUUAUCUCAGAACUGCAUCGUAGACCCUGGUGUGUCGCCUAAAUCCAUCUACAUAAAAUUUGUGGAAGUGGAGAGGGAUUUUCUUUCUGCUGGCUCUUUGGUAGAGUGCCUGGAAAAAGCCAUUGGAUACCCAUUAAGGUUUAACAACUGAAUCGCGUCCUUCAUAAGGAUUAGGGCUCCUGUUUCCUUUCACUGUUGCUCGCAAACAAGUGGAUCCUAUCUGUUCACAGUUGGGCAAGUCAGACUUUCAAAGUGAAAUGAACUUCAAAGUGAAAGAUGCUUGCAUGUGGUCACAAAAACUUGUCCUGAGCAAGUAAACUGUACAGCUUGGCAGGCCAGUUAGUUUUAUAAGGAGAAGAGUAAGGAGGAAAGCCCUGUAAACAAAAUGACUGUAGGUACAUUCCACAUUGGACAGAGCUUUUACUUUGCGUUUCAUAUGAAAACCUGUUUUUCCACAAUGUUUCAUUUUUACACAUCUUGUCUCUAUAUAAGUGUUAUUACAGAUCUGAAUAAAUAAGCAAUAGAUAAUGGCAAGUUAAACUGAGUCACAUUAAAUGAGACUUUCAAUGCCACCCUUAGCUACUAUUGUAUAUAAUUUAGAGUUUCACUUUUUUCACCCAUCAGAAGUGUUUUACUAUUUCCAAACAGUGUUGCCUGCAAAGACUUUUGUUUCUGUGAUGUAUCCCACUUUUUUACUAGUAGUGUUGCCAUAUCAGCUUUUUUUUAACAUUAAAAUAACUCCUGGCCUU